UUCUAUUUCCUGUUGCCUGUUUUCGUUAUCCGUUUUUCCAUGCUUUUUGUGCCUGAAUGACUUGAAUCUACAAUUACAAUUUGUAGCUGGUGAUUUCCCCACAGGAUUAGUAAAACCUGUUCUGUGCCGGCUGCCACUGCUGCCGCUGAUCCAUCCAGUUCUCAGUCAUGGCGGAGGAGGCGGAGUGGGUGACGUGCCCGUACGAGCGCUCGCACCGCGUGCCCGCGCUGCGCAUCCAGCGCCACCUGGUGAAGUGCGAGGAGCGCUACCCGCCGCUCGCCAUCUGCCCCUACAACGCCACGCACCGCAUGCCGCACGCGCAGCUGGCGGCGCACGUGCAGGCGUGCCCCACGCGCGCCGCGCUGACGGCCAAGGGCUGCGAGAAGCCCGCGCGCGCCGCCGCCGCGCUCACCACGCCGCACCCCACGCUCAAGCGCGACUACAUGGCCAAGAACGACCCCGACGACGAGCAGUGGGACUGACUCCUCCCUAGUGCGCCUCACACCAACCCAGUUUGGCUCUCCCUUCAAUACUUACUUCAUUUUUAACUAUAUAGACCUGCACUUGCUGCAGUCACACCAAACAGUACAAGAUAAUGCAGCCUGAAGUGGAGCACGCCUGGUGG